AGAAGAAGGGGUCCCAUGGGGUAUAAAACCGUAAGAUUGUCUUCAAACCAAGAUCAUUCAUUUGUAACAAUAGGGGGUUGCAUUUUGUCAAUUCUCGGAGGAUCCAGUGCUCGCACAUUCUAUAAUACAGGCUAUUCAACGAGCGAUGGAAGAGGCCAAGAUUUUACUGGUACUUAUAGCUCAGGUGGUUUUGUUGGAUUAAAAGAUAUUAAUGAUCUUCCUGAUCAUAAUUUUGGUACAUCAAAUACAAAUCGUUAUGCAACAACAUUACCAGGAUCAAGUCAUUCAGCAUCUGGCAAUGCAUAUUCAUCCUCAAGUUACAGUGAUGAUCAAGGAAGUGGUGUGAGUUCAAAUACUGCUGGCACAAGUGGUACAAAUACUGGUAGUAACAGUAAUAGUAGUCCUGAUAUUAUAAAUAAUAUAUCAAGCGAUACAUCAUCAGAUAUUAGUAUAAAUUUUUCACCUGGUGCAUCAUCUAGUCUUGAUUACAAUUCACCAGCAAGUUCAUCUCAUGGAUCAGUUAAUUUUGCAAAUUAUGCUGGAUCACAACAGACAUCCAGUGACAAUAAUAGUCCCCUUGAUUAUGGAUCAUCAUCAGCAUCAGCAUCAUACUCACCUGCAUCACCACAAUUAAGUAGUUUUACUGGAUCAAAAACAUCAGCUUAUACAUCUGGUAGUAGUCCAACUCAUGGAUCUUCUCCUUAUACAUCUGGAUCAAGUUUAAAUUAUCCUGCAGCACAUUCAAAUUCAUAUCCAAGCUCAAGUUUAUUAUCAUCAUCAUCAUCAUCAUCAUCAUAUCCUAGUUCAAUGUCAGGAUCAUUUUCUGGUAGUAGAUACAGUAGUCCAUCUUAUCAAGCAGCUCAUACUCCAUCAAAUAAUCAUCCUGAAAGUUUAAAAUUUACAUCAACUGCUGCAUUAAAUAAUUAUCUCAGUAAAAUACAUGCUAAUGCACCAAGUUACUCACACAAUUCAAUACCAAAUCAUCAUGGACCAAAUUAUCUUCAUUCAACAUCAUCAAAUAUUGCACCAAGUUAUUCAAAAUCUUCAAGCCCAUAUUAUCCAGCUGGUGCAUAUCCAAAAAAUCCAAAUAAAUUUAUUAUUAUAAAAGAUGGACAUGGAGGAAUGAUGCAUUCAGAGCGUCCAAUUUCAUCAAGUAGUUUAUAUGGAGGUGGUGGUUCAAAUUAUAAAGUAAGAAGUGCUGGACCAUAUUCAUCUGGACAUAAUUUUGCUGGUAAUAGUAAUUAUGGAUCAUCAAUUGGAUAUAAUGGUAACACUGGUGGUGGACAUCACAGUGCACCAAGUACUUUUGCAUCAUUAUUUGGAUUUUCAUAAUUUAAAUUAUUUAUUAUAUUCUAUUAAAUUAUUUAAAUUUUUGUAUUUAUUUUGUUGACUAUAUAUUUCUCUAGUUUAAUACUUAGAUUGUUUAUCUAA